AUGGCUUUGUGCACUGUAACGAGGAACAUAAAGUUUCAAGGGAGAGCAUUAUCGACACUAUGGCGGGCAAGAUGGUUCGGAAACUCUUCUUUCAAUAAAGAAGUUCAACUGUACCUGAGAUCGGACGCGCACACGAUCUACAAAGCGGCCCUCAGUGCCGUAAGUCCGCAGGAAAUGGUGAAAAAUAACCUCAAAUUUCACCAAGGCGUCCUUUCCAUUGAGGAACGCGAGUAUGCCAUUGAUAAAAACAUCUCUGUGGUGGCUUUUGGUAAAGCUGUGUUAGGGAUGGCUAAGGCGGUUGAGGACAUCCUCGGGGAUCAUAUCAGUCAAGGCGUGGCCAGUAUUCCUUUAGGCCUGCCAGAUGCGAUAAAGGUAUUGGUCAUGGUAGAUUGUAAACUUUGAAAUAAGCAGAAGUAUUGACCACUACAGAAAAUACCAUAAUGUUCUUUGUUUGUUACCCUAAAAUUCUGCAUAAGUAUUGUCUUCAGUUUCUCUUUGGAGUUAAAAUUGCCCCAAAAGAGAAACUGAAAACAAUGCUUAUGCAAAAUUUUCAGGUGACGAACAAAGGGCAUUAUGAUAUGUUAUGGUAUUUUGCUGGAAUGGUCAGUUAGAAUCCCACAGCCUGUGCGCAGACAUGUCCUGUGCAGAUGCUUGGGUAGCCUGUGAAUACAGGCCGCAUCUCAUUGCCUCCCUCUUGCUGUUGGGGCCUUUUUCAAGAGAGAUGUCUGCAUUUUGGCUGUAAAAAAUUCGAUACCAAUAAUUGUGGAAAUCUGUCCAGAGUCUGGUUAGGAGGUCUGGUUUGUUUAAAAAUACAUAACUUCUUUCCAUUCUUUUGAAACAUUUUUAUUGGAGUAUCUUUCAGGGUCGGCCAGGGGGGUGAGUGGUAUACCAGUAUACCCGAAAAAAAUUCGCCAAAAUACACAAAAAUACCCACAAUUCAUCCAAAUAUACCCAAAAUUAUACCUAGGUAUACUUUAUACCUGAAAUUCAAGUAAAGCCGAUAUACCGAAUACCUGUAUUUAAGCUGCAAUAUACCGUAUACCCGAUUUAAAAAGCCCCUGUAUACCGUAUACCCAAAAACCCUGGCCGACCCUGAUCUUUGCUCGACACUUUGCUAUCUCCCAUUGUUGUUUAUCUACAAGAAAUUCUACUCUGCUCUUAUUGGCUGAGUAGUUUUUUUGCAUGAAAGAUAAAUCCAUAAAUCCGGUGAAGGGUGUAAUAUAUAAAUAAAAACCCAGGCCAAUUCACUGAAAGGGUCUUCCUCUGGCUACAGAUACAAACUUUGUUUCAUGAGAGGUGAAUCAUCCCUGCCCCCUCCUCAACUUCCAAUUAAAGUUAGUAAAUCUCUCUCUACCAGUGAUUUAAUGCCAAAGUGCACAAAAUUGUGCAAGGUAUGCUUAAGAAUUCUCAAAAAGGAACCAGAGUCUUGUGGUUAUUAUAUUUUAUCCCUAGGAAGUUGAAAAAAUAUUUCAAGUAUUUUGUUGUUGUUUUAUCGGUACCCUCAUACUGUAUUUGUGCAUUUGUCUGUUCAUUUGCAGGCCUCUAGGAACAGAGAACUGAUUGAUAGCACAAUUCUAAGUAAGAACAGUCCUAUCACAGCUAUAGAAGGAGCAAGGAACAACCUGCCAGAUGAGAAGGCUCAGUAUGCCGCAAGCAGGAUAAAGGAAGUUGCAGAGAGUGUUCGGGGUGAUGACGUUCUCCUUGUGCUUAUUUCAGGGGGUGGGUCUGCAUUGCUUCCAUAUCCAGUCCCAGGGAUUACACUAGAAGAAAAAUUGCAAACAAUUAAAGCAGUGGCUUCAAGUGGUGGCACUAUUCAAGAGCUGAACACUGUCAGAAAGAAUCUCUCUGACCUUAAAGGAGGAAAGCUUGCCAAGGCAGCAUACCCUGCUAAGGUGUGUACACCCAUGGAAUAAGGUUAACCUGAAUGUAACUUAACUUAUUGACCUGUAACAUCUGUUUUAGUGGGGUUUCCAUUUUAUAGACUGAGGUGUCUGUUGAGAGAGAGAGUUAACUGUGUUACAAAAAGGUUUUAAAAGUAACAUUUUUUUCUCUCUGUUGUAUAGGUAGUGACCCUGAUCUUGUCGGAUGUGAUUGGCGAUCCUCUAGAUAUAAUAGCCAGUGGCCCAACAGUUCCCAACUAUUCCACACCCGCAAACUGCCUGGAAAUAUUCAGAAAGCUGAAUGCGGAGAAAAUGAUUCCCGAUAUAGUUAUACAGUAUCUGCAGCAAGCAGAGAAAGAUCAACAAAAAAGGGGCCAAGUUGAUCCUGUAAAUUUUCCACAUGUCCAGAAUGUUCUUGUGGGGAGCAACAGGUUUGCUGUGAAUGCAGCAGUGAAAAAAGCUGAAAGUAUCGGGUAUGCCCCAGUUGUGGUGUCAACAGAAUUAAGUGGGGAAGCAAGAGAUGUUGGCCAUAUGUAUUCUGAUCUUGCUUACUUUGCCUGGAAUGGAAGCCUGCCUCAGCUCUCACCUGUAACUAAAGAUGUCUUGACAGAUGAUCUCUUCAACAAGAUUAUCAUUGCAAGGAACGCCAAGAAACCAGUAUGCAUCAUUGGGGCUGGUGAAACUACUGUGACAUUGAAAGGAAAAGGAACCGGUGGCCGCAGCCAAGAAAUGGCACUUGCAGUAGCUAUAGAUAUCAAUGAAAACUUCAAUCAGUUUCCAUUAGGUAAAAAUCCAGGUGGUCUUGUUCUACUUAGUGCAGGCACUGAUGGGCAGGAUGGUCCUACUCCGGCAGCUGGGGCAGUUGCAGGCCCUUUCCAAGUGCUGGACGCCAUGAAUGAAGGGCUGAAUCCUAAAGAAUUCCUCCGAAAUAAUGACUCUUUUACAUUUUACUCCUCAUUUCAGAAUGGGCGGGAUCAUGUUGUCACUGGUCUGACAGGAACCAAUGUAAUGGACAUCCAGGUUUUACUUGUAUCUCCAUCUUUUUAA